CGGUUUGUCACUGUCAUUACCACAACACUGCGUGGUUUGAGGUUAUGUUUAUUGUUUUCCUUUUCAAAAUAUGUCUAUAAAUCUCUUUAUGGAGGUAAUUAUUUAGUUCGCAUCACAAGACAAAAAUGUGGCGUCGUUAUUUAAUGUGGUUUGCUCAUGAACAUGUCGAUUUUCGUCAUGCUGAAAUUCAAAGCAUAAUUUCUUUAUUCAACAUUCCUAUGAAGUUCAUUGAAAGACCGUGCGUUCAGAAACCCUAUUGGAUUGUAGACUUACCGUCUGAAGAAUGUGUGAAGAAGAUCGCCUCUAGAUCAGUACUUUUAAAAAAUUGUAUUGAACUCUGGUCCAGAGCAAAAACAGAAGCCCAAUUACAUUCAAACUUGAAAAAUGCUUUGCAAAAUAAAACAGGACAAUGGUUAGAAGUGAACUCGGAUGUUGAGAAUAGUACCUGCCCAAGGGAACUUAUAGAAGGCUGUUGUCCUGCAGACAAGACCUUCAAAGUUGAAGUUGAGACAUUUUGUAAACAUUUCUCAAUGAAGGAGAAAGUGGCAAAAAUUGAGUCUUUUAGUUACUUGCCACUAGAAGGGCCGGUGAAACUAAAUAAUCCAGACAUAAAAUUGUGUUAUUUGGAGUUCUACGGGUCGGACCCAAACAAUGUCCCGGAACAGCCACAUGAUCUCUUUUUUGGCAGACUGAUAGCAGAUGGCCAACGCGACCUUAUCCAGGCAUACUCGCUGAAGAAGCGCCAAUUCAUCGGCAAUACCAGCAUGGACGCGCAGCUGGCGAUCAUCAUGGCGAAUCAGGCUAAGGUGCGCAACGGAGAUAUAGUGCUGGAUCCGUUUGUUGGCUCUGGCUCUUUAUUGGUUGCUGCUGCACAUUUUGGUGGGUAUGUGUGGGGAUCAGACAUCGACUUCAUGAUGCUCCACGGGAGGACGCGACCGACCCGCGUUGGCCAAAAGGUCCGCACUAAUGACGAGAGCAUUCGCAGUAACAUGCGACAGUAUGGCACUGAACACCGCUACCUGGACGUCGCGGUCAGCGACUUCUCACUGCCCAUGUGGAGGCCUGACCUCACCUUCGACGCCAUUGUCACUGACCCUCCGUAUGGCGUUCGAGAGCCAACUGAGAAGAUCGGGAUAGACAGAGACAACUACACGCUGUCGGAGGCGCACCUCGUCAACCACAUCCCUUCUAAAGUAGAGUACGGGAUCCCGGAAAUGUACGGAGAUCUGUUGAACUUCGCGGCGAAGCAUCUAAGGUUGGGAGGAAGGAUGGUCUGCUGGUAUCCUAUGGUUAGGGAUGAAUACUCAGAAUCCCAGCUACCGCGCCACCCUUGCCUCUCCCUGGUGGCGAACUCGGAACAGGUUCUGUCAAAGCUGACGUCACGCAGACUGCUGACGUAUGAGAAGAUCAGUGAUGACGUCACAUCGCCCGGGGAGACCCAUCAAGGGGUGAAUUUUAGAGAGAAAUACUUCGCAAUGGGCGAGCAGUCCCGCCGUGAGAGGAGAGAGCGUAAAGCUGAAGAGCUUGCUGCCAACGCGCCCUGGAGACCUCAGACGCGGCAUCUUCAUGUUAAUAAACUUGACUGAUAAUGA